GGGGCAACACGCACCCUGCAGACGCGCGCGGUUGGAUUCGAACCCAGGGCACGGGGGCACCCCUCACACGCCGGAGCGCGAGUCAACCCGAAGGGUGUCGACGGACUCGUGCGACCGAGCGGUGCGCGUGUGUCACGUGCGGCAGAGCUCCAGCGUGAGCAGGAGACACGGAGGACGCUGCAGUGAGUCAGUGCAGUGAAGGAGUUGCCCAACGACAGGGUUCGAGGGGGAAGCAAGAGGAAGCAGCAGUUCCGCGCACACACGCUCGUGCGGGCGUAGCAUAGCGAACGGUUGGGCCUGUCUGAGCAGCACCAGGGACAACGAGACGUGUGGACGUGGAGAGCGAGAAGGACAGGAGAACGUUGUGGGUUCCGGGUGCGAGGAGACACACUGCGAGACGAAGCCGUGGUGCCGUGGUCGCCGUGGUUGCCGUGGUUGCCGUGGUCUAGCCCAGUGCCGGUUCCCAUGAGGCAGACAGACCUGAAGAUCGUCAUUCUUGGAGCACUCGGGGUGGGAAAGACCUCCCUUUUACACCGGUACAUCCACGACGUGUUCUACGAGGACUAUCGCUGCACCCUGGGAGCCAGUGUCCAGCACAAGAGUGUAAAUGUGGAGGGACAUACAGCGCGGCUACAGCUGUGGGACACCGGGGCUCAGGAGAGGUUCCGCUCCAUGGUCUCCGUGUUCUACAAGGGGCUGGACAGCUGCAUUCUGACCUUUGACCUGACGGACAGGGACACCUUCGUCGAGCUCGAAAGCUGGAGGCAGAGCGUCCUGGACCAGAGCCGCACGUCAGACGCAGGCUUACCCUUCAUCGUUCUAGGGAACAAGACCGACGUUAAGGACAGACAGGUGAGCCGUGAGGAGGCGCGGGCUUGGUGCGAAGACAGGAACAUGGUCUACUUGGAGGUCAGCGCUAAAGACGGCGUCGGCGUGCAGCAGGCGUUUGCCACGGCAGCUGGUCAAGCGCUCGGCUGGCACAGGGAGAAGCUGCUGAGCUGCAUGACGGACUCUGUGAAACUGGAGGCAGACGGUGGCAGGAAGAAGGGCUGCUGUGCGUAGAAACCAAAGACCCGGUGGUCCAAAAGCAAUAAGUGGACAAAGUACUGAGGAGGACGAGCUGUUGUAAAAACUGGGUAAAAAAAUGCCUCCAGGUUACAGCUGGAAACCACCCUGUAGUCGGGUGCUGAAUGGGACGGAAGGAGGCUAAGUUGACAGUUUACAAAGUAUUUUUUUACUCUCUUACUCAUAGUAAUGUACAGCACAUAUAUUACUUUAUAUUUGUGUAUAUACAUAAUGUAUAAAGGCCAUGGCUGUUCUAAGAAAAAGACUACCAUGAAAUAUGUGUGAAUUUGAGCGAUUCACUCACUCUCAGAAUUUCACAUCAGCGCGACAACAUGAUGGAAUGAUGCUCUAUGUAAGGAGUCGCGGUUGCGCACGGUGAAACGUGAACCGCGUCGUGUCCACUCCUCCUUCGCAGCACGGCGACU